UCACCGGAAGUGCUCUCUCACAGUUCCAGCUGAUCAGAAACAUGGACGAAGAUGCAGGGGCGUUGGACCCGAGUAUCCCGGAGGAGGGACCGUCAGCGCCCCCGCCUGGCUGGCUGCAGGACAUCCAGGGGUACCAGGGCCACCGGGGGGACGGCCCGGAGGGCGACCCGCUCUACCCCCCUCCCCCGGCCUACACCCCCCAGCCGGAGUUCAACCGCAGCACGUCGGUGCCCAGCGUCAGGGUCCCGUCGGUGUCGGAGGACGUGGCCAGAGACGCCCUGCUGAAGUUCGUGGAGUCCAAGUGGAACUACAGCGCCAAACCGGCCCGGAACAUGACGUUCAGGGAGCUGAGACCCGCCACCGUGUACCGGUAUCGACUCGACACCUUCACCGAGACCAGAACCAGCGCCUGGAAGUUUGAGGCCUAUCGCGGUGGUCAGGUGGUGGACGGGCCUCAGUUUGGCAGCAGUCCUCCUCCGUGGGACGUCCCGGUGUCGCCGCCCCAGAUCUGGACCGACAACUCGCAGAAGAUCCGGGUCCCGCACUCCUCGCUGGUGAAGACCUGCCACAAGUGCCACGGUUGUGGACGGACGCGCUGCAACAUGUGCUUCGGUAGAGGACAGAGACGCUGCACCCGUUGCCAUGGACACGGCCGCGUCAGGAACAAGCGCUGCACCACCUGUCACGGUCGGGGUCGCAAGAGGUGUGUCAGUUGCCGCGGCGACGGCCACAAGACCUGCUCCGUCUGCCACGGAGCCCAGAACCUGCUGCACUUCAUCCAGCUGACGGUGUCAUGGAAGAACCACGCCAGCGUGUUCGUCCCGGACCGCCAGCCCGACUUCCCCGACCAGAAGUUUGAGAAGGUUUCGGGAGACCCGUUCUUCAUCGAUGAGAACGUUCUGGUUUACCCCAUCCAGGGUUUCCCCGACCAGGAAGUCUGUGAUGUUUCCACCAAACUGAUCAACGAACAUCUGCAUAAGUUCACGUCCGUCAGCCGCAUCCUGCAGCAGCGUCAGACCAUAGAGCUCGUCCCGCUGACUCUCGCCCGUUACUCCUACAACGGGAAAGACUUCAGCUUCUUCGUGUACGGGGUGGAGAACAAGGUGUUCACCUCCAAGUACCCGUCAGCCUGCACCAUCCUGUAGGGGGGCACCCAUGGGUGGGGGGGGGGACCCAGGGGCACCCAUGGGUGGGGGGGGGGGACCCAGGGGCACCCCAUGGGGGUCUCAAGUGUAACCUAAACACAUAUCCAGACCACAGAACCGGUCCGGAUCCUCAGGGGACGGACCCGCAGAUGUUUACAGAACCGCGGGUGGAGCCGGACCGGAACCCCCCCCCCGCCGUACAUCUCCCAGAAUGCUCUGGUUUUUAAAAACUUCCAGGUUUUACCUCUUCAGAAGCCAAAUGUUCAGGUUUACAGGUUUUGCUGCUCGUCUUCCACCGGAGAAAGAACCGCCGUAACACCGUUACACCAUAACACCGUUACACCGUUACGCCGUGACGCUGUGACGCUAUCUCUGGGAACAUGAACCACUCCGGGUUUUAUACGUAAACUUUAUCAGAACUUUGUUCGAUUUUUCGUACGGAAGAGUAUUAGGGACAUGCAGGAGAAAAUUAAAAAUUAUAUUUUAGAGGAGGAAGAUUUUUUGUUCAUUAUGCACUUUGGGAAAAAAGUAGAAAUGUUGAGGAAAAAAGGCGAAAUUUCAAUUUUAAAUUGUAUUUUAACAUUAAUCUCAACAUUUCGAUUUUUUUCUCAAAGUGCACAAUAAAAAAAAGAUCUUCUCCUCUCAAAUAUUUUUUCUCCUGCCUGGCCCUAAUACUCUUCCGUAGAUUUUUCACUGUUUUCAUGUAAAACUGUAUUUUAUCUGCAGCGUCUUCCACCAGAGAAAGAACUGCCGUGACGUUGUGGCGCCUUUUUUCUUGAAAUUGUACUUCAACAUUAAUCUCGACAUCUUGACUUUUUUCUCGACAUGACACGCCGCGACACCGUGGAACCGUAACACCGUUUUGCCGUUACACCGUGGAACCGUAACACCGUGUUGCCUUUCUGACCUUUGUUUGAUCCUCCGUUAAACAUUUCACCGACCAAACUUUGAAGAAACGCCUCACAAACGCAGCUCUGAAUUCUCUGAAUUCUCUGGGAACAUGAACCACUCCGGGUUUUAUACUUAACUUUAGCAGAACUUUGUUAGAUUUUUCUAUAUUUUCAUGUAAAAACUGUAUUUUAUCUGCACAUACAUCUACGUUACGUUUACAGCUGAAGCAGCAAUGUAGAACCACUUACCCAUUUAUAUGUUAAUAAGUGACAUUUACCCACUAAAGUCAUGAAUAAAUAUGUUUGU